AAUCGAAUCUCUUCCCCAACAACAUUCUGUUCCAUUCACCUCCCUCCCUCAUUCAAUCAUUACAAUGGAGUCUCGUAAGGUUGGCAUUCUCGGAGGAGGACAGCUUGGACGUAUGGUCCAGGAGGCUGCUUCCCGCCUUAAUAUCUCGCUUACGAUUUUGGAUGAGCCAGUCGACGCACCAGCAAAGCAGGUAAACGCUUUCCAAACUCAUAUUGAAGGCUCCUUCAAGGAUCCUGUCAAGAUCCGUGAGCUCGCUGCUUCGGUCGAUGUUAUCACUGUCGAGAUUGAGCAUGUCGAUACUGAAGUUCUCAAGGAGCUUGAGGCCAGUGGUAAGGCUAUUCACCCAACGCCAGCCACCAUCUCUUUGAUCCAAGAUAAAUAUCUUCAGAAGCAACAUCUUUCCAAGCACAACAUCCCUCUCGCCGAUUCACUCGACUGCCCUGAUCAGGCAGCAAUUGAGAGGGCUGGGCAAGAGUUUGGAUACCCCUUUAUGCUCAAGGCAAAGACAUUGGCUUACGAUGGUAGGGGCAACUAUGUGGUUCGAUCAGAGGAGGAUCUUCAGGAUGCACGAUCAAAGCUUGCUCCAGGUGUGCCUCUGUAUGCUGAACGCUGGGCAAAGUUUGAUCGCGAGUUGGCGGUGAUGGUUGUCCGAUCUGUCACCGGAGAGGUGCGUUCCUACCCUGUGGUUGAGACAGUGCACAAAAACAGCAUUUGCCAUCUUGUUUUUGCGCCUGCUCAGGUGGGACGUGGAUUGAGUGGCACUUCAGAUGAAUCUUUCUCUACUUCAAUUCAAGAGAGAGCUCGCAAGGUUGCUGAGAAUGCUAUCUCGAGCUUCACUGGAGCCGGUAUUUUUGGUGUCGAGAUGUUCUUGAUGAAGGAUGGUCAGAUCCUGUUAAACGAGAUUGCUCCUCGUCCCCACAAUUCAGGACAUUACACAAUUGAAGCUUCACACACGUCCCAGUUUGAGAACCACCUUCGGGCCAUUCUUGGUCUUCCUCUUGGAUCAACUGAGAUGAAGGUUCAGGCAGCUGGUAUGCUGAACAUCUUGGGAGCUGGUGAAAAGACCUAUGAAGCCUGUAAGCUCGCAUAUAGUGCACCCGGCGCUACAACUCAUCUGUACGGUAAAAAGGAAUGCAAGGCCGGACGCAAGAUGGGCCAUAUCACUGUGGUUGGAGAUUCGAUGCAGGAAGUUCAUGACCGCCUCUUGCCUAUGGUCAUGGCCAUGGAUCCGAAGGAUGAGUCGCCCUUCAAUCUUGAUCCAUUAGUCUCUAUUGUCAUGGGAUCAGACAGUGACUUGAAGGUGAUGGAGGCAGCAGCUCAGAUCUUGACAAAGCUUUCGGUCCCUUUUGAGUUGUCCUUGGUAUCAGCACACAGGACACCUGAAAGGAUGUAUCAUUUUGGACGUAUGGCACAUAAACGUGGAAUCAAGGUGAUCAUUGCCGGUGCUGGUGGCGCUGCUCACUUGCCUGGCAUGGUCGCGGCAUUGACACCUCUUCCUGUCAUUGGUGUUCCUGUUCGCGGAAGUACAUUGGACGGUGUUGAUUCAUUGCAUUCUAUUGUUCAGAUGCCUCGUGGUGUUCCAGUAGCGACGGUCGCAAUCAACAAUAGUACAAAUGCAGCUUUGUUGGCUGUGCGUAUGCUUGGAAGUUUUAUUCCUUCUUAUCUGGAAAAGAUGAUCAAGUAUCAGGAUACCAUGGAGAAGGAAGUCCUUACAAAGAUUGAUACUUUGGAUCGUGUUGGUUGGGAGAAAUAUGAAUAUAUCAAGCAUUGAAAGGCAGUAUAGCGCUUAAUAUUACCAUCGUUAUUAUUGUCAACAUUAUCGAAUCAUCAAUAAACAUUUGCAUCCUCAGAUAAGUGCACGUGGAUUGCACUGUAGUCAUUUGCCACCAAUUCAAAAAAGGCUCUUUCUUUGUUUGAACUGAACUGCAACAACCCCUUCAACUCAUCAAGUCAUCGCACUCGUGGCUCUACUCUAUUCUGUCAAUAGAAUUUGGAUUUACUUGCAUAAAUCAGCGUAAUCAAUCAAAACAAAAGUAAAAAAAGGCUCUCUCACAGGACCAAAACAAACUACUGCACUGCAAAUAGGGAUGGAGAGGCAUAAAUUGAAUAAAGACGAUGGGAGUGUUU